GUUAGAAAUGUCGGCGAGACCCUAAUGAUUAUUCUACAAACAUCAUCAAAUGCGAAAAAUCGUGCAGAUGCAGAAAUAUACAAAACGUCCUUGUUGGAAAAUUUAGAAAAUUGCGUUGAAUAGCAACGUCUGCCGUCAAUAUUAUGGACGAAAUAAGUAUAAAGUGAAUUGUUCCAUUGUACUAUUAAUGUAGUCUCUGUAAAAGAUAACUAUUCACUGCUGAGCUGAUUUCGGCCCAAAGAGUGCACCUACUUAGGAAAAUUAUCCAUCGGUUACCACCCACUAUACAAGGAUGCGUCUCAAAAAUAUUCAUUACCAGGAUAUGUCCUAGCCUUGCAGUACCGCGCAAUUCAGUGCAAACUUGGUGAUAAUUGUACCAUACCUCGGAAUAGAGAAAGUCAUGCCGGAACACUUGGAAUUACAACAACUGGUGGGAGGAGUGCUGCAGAGUGGUGUCCGACAUCGGUCGCUUAGCUGGCUUCAAUGUUCUUGUCCCUAUUUGGGCAUCAUUCUGGCUACAGUUUCGUCGUUUUUCUUCUCACUUUGUUCGGUCAUAGUUAAAGGCUUGGUGGACAUCAAUCCAAUUGAACUGGCUACAUUUCGGUUCAUCGGAGUUCUUCUACCAUCCAUUCCGAUCGCCAUUUACAAGCAGGAGAGAAUUUUUCCACGAGGUAAGCGGAUCAUUUUGGUGCUACGAUGUUUUGUUGGAACGACUGGGUUAAUGCUGAGUUUUUAUGCCUUUCGUCAUAUGCCACUGGCAGAUGCUUCAGUAAUAAUUUUCUCCACGCCGGUUUUCGUUGCUAUAUUUGCGCGACUAUUCCUUCGGGAACAGUGCGGGAUGUUCAAUGUGAUAACAAUUGUAUUUACGCUGAUUGGAGUUGUGCUGAUUACUAGGCCACCUUACUUUUUCCAUGAGUCGACCAACCUGGUCGCCGAACAGGUCAUCGAUACAAAUUAUGACUUGUGGGGUCCGGUAGCAGCCCUAUCAUCAACUCUGUUCGGUGCCAAUGCGUACGUUUUAUUGCGAGCCCUCAAAGGACUCCAUUUUUCGGUGAUAAUGACCAAUUUUGGAGCAUUUGCAUUGGUAUACACGAUUAUCGUUUGCUAUGUUUUGGGAGCCCUUUGUUGGCCUUUAUGCGGUUCUGAUCGUUUAUUAGUGAUAGCUCUGGCACUGUUUAGUUUUGGAGGUCAAAUUCUCCUCACGUUGGCGUUACAAUUCGAGCAGGCUGGCCCUGUGGCGAUUGCCCGUUCUGCGGACAUCGUGUUUGCUUUUAUUUGGCAAAUUAUGUUUUUCAAGGAAACACCCAACUUUUAUUCGGUACUGGGAGCUUUAUUGGUGGUUAGUUCAGUUGCACUUUCCGGACUCAGAAAGUGGGCGUUGGCAUUGCCCAGAGAUUCAAAUUUAAGAAAAAGGUUAUUUUUUUUGUUUUUGGAAUAAGCUUUUCGUUGCGUGAUAAAUAUGAGAUAAGCUCUUUAGAAUUCUUAUUCAAUGCUUUAUUUACACUAGCUCACAGAAGCACACAAACUGGAAUCAAACUAUUUAACACUACCAAAAUGGUACUUUUAAAGCAAAGGAAUUUACAUUGACAAAAUGGUA